GCGAAAAUCGACUCAUCGCCCCUGUACGAAUAUCUGGGAAACAACUGUUGUUGGUGAUGGCCGUCAGGUUCACGAUUCUGGUGCUGUUGACCACCGCCGUCGUCGUGGUGUCUUCCGCUGGACUGCUCGAGACGCUACUUUCCUGGGAUAUUCCGGACGCCGUGGGCAGAUCAACCGCGCCGCAGUCGCAAUGUCUUUGUCAAACUUCCAAUUGUUUGUGUUGCAUCGAUCUAAAUCUGACGACGGCGAUCGGUGGUGGUCUCGUGGUGGACGACUUGGAUGGUCGAGCGUGCAUCAACAUCAAGCAGAAGGAGCAGAAUAUCUCGUUGAACCUCAGCUACGGCGAUAAUCCCGUACACAAUGCUACCAUUAAGAUCGUGGACGCAUCCAACAGGCCAACCUGCAUGAACCUUCUGUCAGAUCUGGCGCAAAUAUGCGCGAAAUUUACGUCGAUUAAGCAGGCGGAAGCUGGUUACGACGGUUGCCUGGUAAUCGAGCCCGCACUGCUGGGCACACCGCAAGCCACUUACCACAUGGGAUGCUUCAAUUUCAAUCAGGUGGUGCGACAGAUCGAAGCCCCUGCCACUAUCGAGACGACGGAAACCACCGAGACUACAGAGGACGAGGAGGAUUCGUUGAACACGGAGGAAUUCAUAGCAGCGGUUUCAGCCAGCGCGGAACAAGGGAUAGCUCUCUUCUCUCAAUGGCUUGGACUUAAUCUGAAUCCAAAACUGAACCUGACCAACAGGAACAAUCAUCAAGAAGCAAGCAGCCAACGUGCCAUCCCAUCCACAACUUCCAGGUCUGCUCGAGUUCAUUGGGAUCAAGAAGAGAAGAACGACGAACGAUUCAAGCAACUGCUCAGUGCGCAAGACAACGUGUUGAAGGGUUCAGCUACGAUUGGCCAAUCGAACGGAGCUGAGACGACGUUCGUUUAUUCGAAACCCUCUGAAUUAUUCUCGUCGGAGAAAAGCUCGAACGAUAGAAGGAUCGAGCAAAUGGAGAUCGAGCCGCAACACCUGGCCGUGGUGCCGAAGGAGUCGAGAAGAGGCGGAAGGGCAUACAAUAUUCAUCAGCACGUGAACGAGAUCUGAAACGUGUUUGUUCUUCGUUCGAUUCGAUCGAUCGAGGAUUAUAAUUAAAACAUAGAGUUUAGGCUAUCUCACACGUAGAUCGUAUUCUCAUGACGAGUUAAGGCAGAGUUAUUAUCGUUGCCUCCUUUCUCUCUCGUAUUUCUUUAUUCCUCUUGCUUGUUUAUUAAUUCCCGAUAAAUUCGACUAACCAACGAACGACUACACACUCUGCCAGAUUAAUCGGUGAUAUCGUUCGUUCAUUUCGAGAAGACUGACCGCUUUCUGAUCAGCUCCGUCUGAAUGAUCUCUCGCGAUUGUGAUCACCUUAUUUCCUCUCUCCGCGAAGUCUCUGUUACUCGAAGUGUCGCUAAUAGUAACUACACGCUGGCGGUUCUGCGAGGAUCGCCGGAUACACCCGGACGAGUUUAGCCGUAUGAAAUAAACGACGAUAAUCCGCAAUUAUCAAUAGGAAGAGGUGAAACAAGACCAUAUGUGAAUCUUUUUCGUGAGAAUGCAAUUACGAUCGCUGCAAAUCCGUUUCCAUUAUGCGAACUAUUUAUUUAGUUUGGAUGCCGCAUAGUAAGUAGAAAACAUAAUAAACAUAGUAAUAUCCUGCAAGUAGUUCGUAUCAUCCAUGCGACAACAUCGAGUUGUAUCUAUACACAUGUAUCGUAAAACAGAUAUACACACGCCAUCGAGCGAUGGAAUUUUUUUUAUAUGUUUCUUUUGUCGUAAAACAGAUAACCGUGCUGCCUAACACGCGUGCACAGUAGAUAGACAUUUUUGUCGUACGCGCGAGUUUAAUAGAUCAUCGAUUGAUCGAUCGUGGAAAUACUGUCUUCGAUCGAUUGUGCUGGAAUAUUAGCUCGUGUUCGAAUCAAAUAUAGGAUCAGUCGUUCAACAGGGUAGAAAUUACGAACGUACAUUUUUAUAAUCGUUCUCUGUAAUAUCGUUGACACGGAUAAAUUAAUAAAGCCAAAAAGAAACGGUUCGA